GAGUCUUACGAUCCAAUCCUGAGAAAUACCACACGGCCAAGAUGGAUCGGCAUAAUAUUUCUUCAAUGGCUGCCAUGGCUAUUGCGAAUGUCACGCCCCGGAAAUCCAAUAACAAAAAAGUCCAUUCUCUUGCAAAAUAAGAUGGAGGAAUUAGAGAGAGGAGAUAAAAAAUCGAAAAGUCUGCUUGCAAAUGUUCUUGAUAUGGACGACGACUUUAUAGCAAGUGUUGCCGCGGAGAAGAUUGUUAACAUGUGCCAGCCGCAGCCACAAAUCUGGAAUGAUUAUGAAAGUCUAAAUGGUUAUAUAAUGGGUUCUCCUAGAUCUCCUAAUCUGAGCUCCCCAACUCGGAGCCCUGUAACCUGCAAUAUGGAGCAUACCUCGGCUCCAGGAGCAUUAGAACGAGAACUUCAGUGCAUCAGAAGAGAAAUAAGUGUUAUUGCUGACAAAGUUCGUGCAGAUGCUGAAGCUGCCAGAUUAGAAUCAGAAUGGAAAUUUGCCGCCAUGGUGCUAGACCGAUUGUGCCUUCUCGCCUUUACCGGGUUUACUUUCAUCCUGUCAGCUGCUGUGCUCCUUGCCGCGCCACAUGUUCUAGUAGUUUGAAUUUCGGCCAUCUUGGAUCAGAGACAUUGUAAUAUUUAAAUAGUUUUAGAUUUAUUUUAAAAGUGUAGUUUUUAUGUCUCUCAUCUAAUAGCAAAAAUUAUGUUUUUUGUUAAUUACCUUUAAAAUUGUAUUCAAAUUGUUGUUAUUCAACGAACACUAAAAUGUAAAUUUUGGAAAUCUUUAGCA